UACACACACACGCACACAUAGCAACUUGGCCUGCCUUUGAUGUGCGGCAACUGAUCACCGAUCAGAUUACGGGCAUUUCAUCUCCCUGCUCGUCUGCCUUUGAUCUGCAGGCUUCAUUUUCUUUUCCCUGGUUGGAGGUUUCGUCUGGGCUUGUGCCGACAUACAUUUUUCGGAAGGUACAAGAGUUGGGCGCAGAAGGGCUGCCAAGGAGAAACUCAGUUGCCGAAAAGGGUGGUGAGUCCUUGGAAAGACUUCAGCACGUUGAAGAGCUCUUCAACCAGAAAUACAUUUACUAAGAGCAAUGGCUUCAAAGGUGCUACUCAGGCAACAGAAAUCUUUCACAGUUGUAGUUUUACUAGCCUGUUUGGCAUGUGGAGUGAUUUGUGAGACAGGAGACUGUGGACAGCAGGAAUUCAGGGACCAGUCAGGAAGCUGUGUUCUGUGCAAGCAGUGUGGGCCAGGCAUGGAGUUGUCCAAGGAAUGUGGCUUUGGCUAUGGGGAGGACGCCCAGUGUGUGAAGUGCCGGCCGCACAGGUUCAAGGAGGACUGGGGCUCUCAGAAGUGCAAGCCGUGCCUGGACUGCGCCCUGCUGAGCCGCUUCCAGAAGGCCAACUGCUCGGCCACCGGCGACGCCGUCUGCGGGGACUGCCUGCCUGGGUUUUACAGGAAGACGAAACUUGUUGGUUUUCAAGACAUGGAGUGUGUGCCUUGCGGAGACCCUCCACCCCCCUACGAGCCGCACUGUACCAGCAAGGUCAACCUGGUGAGGAUCCCAUCCACGGCCUCCAGCCCGCGGGACACGGCCCUGGCGGCCGUCAUCUGCAGCGCCCUGGCCACCGUGCUGCUGGCCCUGCUCGUCCUCUGCGUCAUCUACUGUAAGCGGCAGUUCGUGGAGAAGAAGCCGAGCUGGUCCCUGAGGGCACAGGACCUGCAGUUCAACGGCUCCGAGCUGUCCUGUUUCGACAGACCCCGGCUCAGCUCCCCUGCGCCCCAUGCCUGCUGCCAGUGCCUGCGGGACUCGGCCCAGACCUGCGGGCAUAAUCAAGGUGGCCGCAGCCCUUCCAGAAGCCUGCCCUCUGCCCACUCCAUCCUCACCUGUGUGUCCCCUGCACCUGUGGACACAGCACCUAGCAGUGUGUCGUCUCCUAUUACCGUCUGUGAGGUUCAGUGUUUCCCAAUUCGAUGGCUGGUCUUCUCCAAUGUAACAAGCCCUCCGACUUUCCUAGGGCCCGUCCACCUUGUCCCGUCCCGGUGCUGUGGUGGGACCUGUGGCGUCGGCCGGGACGCUGCUGGUUGUCGGGGGCACUGCAAGGCCACCCUUCAGGACAGAAACACAGGUCCAGCGGGAGAGGCGAUUCCCACUUUCUUUGGGUCCCUGUCAAGGUCCCUCUGCGGCGAGUUCUCAGACGCCUGGCCUCUGAUGCAGAAUCCCGGAGGAGGUGAUGACGUCUCCUCCUGUGACUCCUGCCCUGAGCUCCCUGGAGAAGACACUCACUCUCUCGACCCAGAGAGCACAAGCUUGGCUUCCCUGGACUCAGACAGCAGUCAGGGUCUGGUCGGUGGAGCGGGGCCAGUUCUAGCUCAUCCGGAGACCUUUACAGACACUACUGAUUUGUCGAGACUCAGCGAUGCACUGCUGGAGCCUGUGCGGGCUCAGGUCGUGCUCACUGCUGGAAACCAGCUGGAUCAGGGGCGAGGAGAUGCCCCACACCUGACCACACAGCCACAUGCCCAGGGGGACGAAAGGACUUGCUUCUUUCUUCAAUGAAGUGUCCAUCAGAGCCUGCUUGUGGACCUCGCGUGGCUUCUGGGGGAAAAAGUGAAUCUGAACUGAACUGAUGUCAUUUUAAGCUUCUGAGCCAGGCCCGCCGCGAGCCGAAACCUCAAGGAAUGGAGCCUCCUAGCUCUGCAUCUUUUCCACCCAAGGAGCGUCUGAGCGGGAGGCCGACUUCGGAGACACAGUGGGCCGGGUUUGCAGCCUCCGAGCUUAGGGGUAUAACGAGAAGCAGAAACGCAGUCAUGCUUCUCUUCGUGGUGGAUGUGGUGGUUUUGCCGAGACUGAAGGCCCAGAGUAUAACUUUUCAUUCACACUUCCUGGAAAUAAUUUCACAUCUCCUACUAAAAGUCAAUGUCAGAUCGGUUACCCAGUUUUUACGUAGGGUAGGUUCACAGGUGAGUGUUUCUGUGUACUGGAGGUCACCUUUUCAUCAUCUGAAUAAUCAGCGUGGAAGGUUAGAAUUGACCUCACACGGUCUGCCUGAGUCUUGGCUUAUCAGAUGGUGGCCUGGGAAUCAGAAGAGAUCAAAUCUUACAGAAUCGACACUUCUCCAUCAGCCACUGUCUCAUCAACCCCAGCUGAGUUAGUGACCAGAGGGGCCUGAGUUAGUGAAUGUGGUUGGGAAAGGGCUACCCAACCUCUCCCCCGAGUUAUAAGCUCCUUAAUCCUUAUCCUAGAUUAGCAGAUUUCCUCGAAAAUCCACUGAUAUGGAAGCAUUUGUUACUUCUGUCCCUGGGACCCAGCUCAAAAGAUCCAGAUUUUCUCUUCUAUAGAAAAGCGGUAUUUAUAAUAAUCUUUUGUUUGCAUCGUGUUUUAUAAUAAAGGCUUUAGAAAUGCCAGCACAUGGUGUGUCCACGCCACUGAAACACGAUGCCAGGUGAGUAGUCUUAGGAGACGACUCUGCGUAUUAGGACCGGGAGAACAAGCACAGUGGGUGGUUGUAACCGCCAUUGUGUCGUCUGAUCAGCAUGUUACAGGGCUCCCUCCAAUCUCUAAGCUUGGUCAACACAGCAGUUUCCACCGCAGCGCAGUGACGCUGGAUUGAAGAGUCCAGUGCUUCUACGAAAGCGAUCCACCCCUGCCACCUUGGUGUUUACAUACUAGAAUUUACUCUACAGCUAAGGCCGAAACAAACCCAGCUCAGUCGUGAACCAGGGGACAGCUCCUUAGCUCUUCAUCUCUGCACCCCGGAGAGGAUUUAUUUGAGCAGGAUUUCUUUCUUUUCCUACCACGUUCGUAAUCAGUCCUGGCAGUUGCCUUUUAAGUUAUGACUAUUAGCUUUGUUCCAUUUGCACUUAAAAAAGACAUAAACCUUCAAACAUCCGUGCGUUAGAGAAUGCUCACAUAUUUUGUUUCCGAGUUGCUCCUCCAAAAUCAGCGUCUUCUUCUGACCUUCCAUUGGAAGGUCAUUGGAGGCAGUUGCCGGUGGUCCAGUGGUUAGGAUUCAGCACUUUCACCGCCAUGGGUCUGGGUUCAAUACCUGGUCAGGGAACUAACAUCCCACAAGCCACAUGAUACAGCCAAAAAAAAAAAAAAAAGUUUGAAGUGAGCAUUAGAACUCUGCCUUUCCCAGGACACUGUUACUUCCCUCUCAUUACCCCGUGCUUUUCUCUCUUGCAUUCAUGAGCUCUCACAAGACACCCCCAUCAUGUUCCUCCAUCCACAGCUCAGGCCCCCUGCAAAGACACAAACUCACCUGGGUGUGGUGUGUUGUGUGUGUGACCUCCGUUCCUUGGACUCAAAUAGGAAAUUAGAGCAUCUCACGGUAACGCAUAGCCUUUCCCGUCUAGCUGGUACCCAGCCAGAGUUAACUGACUUUCUUUUUUCUCUUCCGUUUUUUUAGUCUAAACCAAUGAUUCUUAAGCUCUGGCAUGCACCAGCUCUUCUGAGAUGUGCCUUUAGGAAACUCAUGCAAAGUACUUAGGAUCUGAGCACUAGAGGGCCAGGAAAAUGCAGAUUUCAUCUUAAGUCACAUGUGCUAUAGUCUGCAAUCCAAUCACUUUUGUUACAACAGGGUAGGCCAGGGCAGUGUUCCUUUUUAUAAUCAGAGUAUAUCUUCCAUGUGUAGAGCCCUCAUUAACAUCAAAGGCAAACACUUGCAGGAGAAAGCUAAGAUUGAUGGAAAAGAGGCUCUGGCUCCAAAUCCUGAAACAUCACUUCUGAUCAAUAGAGAUGAUGUUGUUUAGUUGCUAAGUCGUGUCCGACUCCUUGCGACCCCAUGGACUGUUGUCUACCAGGCUUCUCUAUUCAUGCGGAUUCUCCAGGCAAGAAUACUGGAGUGGGUUGCUAUUUCCUGCUCCAGGGGAUCUUCCCAGCCCAGGGAUCGAACCUGCGUCUUCUGCAUUGGCAGGCAGAUUCUUUACCACUGAGCCACCAGGGAAGCCCCAGGAGAGAAGAUUAGGGUUACAAAUGGAUUUUAUUUGAUACAACAUUUGAAAAAUCUUGGGUUAUUUUUAUCAAGAUGAAGACAUUGUACUACCACGUACUAUGGGAACAGACAAUGAUGUUAUAUCCUGUGCUCUUUGUAAACACUGGAAAGGACAAUCCAGCCGGCAUCUCAUAUCAUUGGAAUAUUGGCAGCACUCGGAUAAACUCAGCUGCCGGCAUGCCAGGAAAUCAGCAUCAAGUGAUAACAGGACUGGACAUGUGAAUUCUUGCUACUUUCUGUGCCACAGAAACUCACCAACAAGGAUGAGAUGAGGAUUGGACAGCAACCACAGAAAGGCAUGGGUUUUCUGAUUUUGUGUAUAUGGAAUAUAUUUUUCCAAUAUAGAUUUUUCUACUUUAGAUAAAGUGUUCAUGUUGCUGUUACCUAGGUCAAGCACUGUUGUCUGUGCUAAUUAAAAAAAAAAAAUAGAAAAGGAAAAAUCCCAUCAUUGCUUUAAGGCAGUCAGCUUGCAUCCAUUUAGACCUCAUCUUGACUAUUUUGCAUACUGGAAUUUAUGAAUUUGUAAAUGUUGGUUUCCUUACACAACUAGUUUUGUAAGACCUUUUUUUAUUUGUGAAUAAAAUUGUUACCUUGUAUUCUUGUCGA